AUGGACGGGUGGCAGCGCGUUUUUACUCGAAAAGAGGGAGGAUGUUUCGUCGACUGCGGCACUGAACGUCAGCCAAACGGCUGCGGCACAACGGGAUUCAGUCGUCGUCUUCUGGUGAAAUCGACCUUCGAAUAUCGUGUUCCUGCACUUUCAUACGAAAUGAAAGUCUCAGCAAACUCCUUAACUUCAUCCCGCACCCCCAUUUCUUAUGACAAAGCAUCUUCUCUUGAGACAUAUACCUCGAGGUUACGCUUCAAGCAGGCACUGGCAUACGAGUUGGUUCCAUUCGUUGGACGUCAAAUAGCCAGAUUCUUGUUCUCAUGCCAUCUUGACGAUCGCAUCCACCUCCGCAUUCACGCCCACCUUACGAUGAAGUUGAAAAAUUGGCUCUUUAGUGUGGCAGAGUCGAUAGCUUCACUCGAUCUGGCCUGCUUCAAAUUUGGUUCAAGACGUGAUGCGAUCACCAGCUACAAGCGUGUCGAUAUCUGCCGCAGAAAAGCUUGGGGAAUUGCUUAA